AUGGAAAGUAGAAAUUUAACUCAAUUUCAGCAUUAUUCUCAUAAUGGGACUAAUCGAUAUUCUAUCUAGAGAAUUGUUUACCCUCAAUAUGCAAGUGGUCUAGUAUAAGAAGAAACUGUAUCUCAACACAAAGAUUCAACUGACGAGGAUUAAUUUAUAGAAGGUGAAUGUUUUGUUUAUAUUGGGGGUUAAUAAAUAUUUACUAUUGAACUUAAAUAACCAGAUUUUGUGCAUUAAUAAUUAUGCAUUGAUUUAACAAAAUAUUAAUGUCCUUUAGAAUGCUUAACUGCCUUCCCUUUACCUAAUUAAUUUCAGAAUCCUUAAAGAAUAUUACCUUUAAGCACCGGAAUUUUAGUUGUUAGUAGUGGUAAAAAUGGUUAAAAAAUCAAUUUAUUUGAUGAUCACUCGAAAGAGAUUAAUAUAAAUAUAUAAAUCACUAAGAGAAUAAUUUGGAUGAAUUCAAGAUACUUAUAAGAAGUUAUAAUUUUAAUAGUAGGAUUUAAUGACUUGAGCGUUGGACUUUUUGAGAUUGAUUUCAAAAAUAAAUCAAUUAGAUUACUACAAGAAUUCAUUUUUGAACAACUUAUCAUUUUUAAUGAUAUUUCAACUCAUAAUUCACUUUAUUAUAUAGCAUUGACAUCUUACAAUGGAAUUAUAUCAAUACUAUCCAUUGAUCUCUUUUUUUAAAUUUAACAUCAUGUUCAUAAUAUUAAUAGAAUAACUUCACCUCCUAAAUUAUAUUUUUAACAUAAUAAGCCCAACUUAAUGGUUCCAAUCUAAAAUGGAGAAAUGUUAUAAUAUUUUGAAAUAGGAACUAAUGGAUUAAAGAAAUGGAAUGUAAUAAAGUAUCAAAAUAAUAAUAAAUCUAUGAUUACUGCAUUUGAUAUAGAGCCUAAAAAAUGUGAUAUAUCUUAGAAUUAGAGCGAAGAGUUUGAGAUUUGCAUGAUGCAUUUUGAUGGAACCCUUAGUUUUUAUGAUUAUGCUGAUAACAGUAUUUAUAUAGAAAUAUCAAAACAAUUGAAUGGCUCCAGAUUUUUUAUGUCUAAUAUGCAACUUUCAUUCAAGCAAUUCAUAUUAAUUGGAUCUGAUGAUGAAGUUGAAAUAUAUCAAAUGUCCUUUUAUCACAUAAAUUGA